UCUAGGAAUUUGCAAUCGAUCGAGUCUUGCCUAAAACAAGAAAUUUAAAGAAAUAAAAAAAUACUUUGGCUUGUAACGAGUUUCUCAACUUUACCAAUUCAUUCCACCAAUGUUUGUCUUUGAAAUAAUAAUUCCUAAAGCUUCAUCUUCAGUUUCUGCCACAUUUUAAAUACAAGGAAUGGAUUACAUGGAAUCACUCAAAAUGGAAUUUAAAAUAACAUUCUAAGGAGCACCACAAAUACAUGUUAAACUAAUAUAAAAUAUAAUCACACGUAUGAAAGAAUACGACCCGUUCUGCAAACACAGUUCUCUGGGAAUUUGCUACCAUUCUAUAUUGACGCUAAACUGAACUUUAUCAAAGAAAUAUUAUUAGACAAAUCAGUGAAUCAAGUGGAAUGGAAUGCAGAGAUCUAAGUAACCAGUAGGAUCCUACAUCACGUUCAACGGCGUCUUAUGUAUGAAUGAAGCCUCAUCUUCACAAACGACAGAGAAGGAAUUGAAAGUGGUGCUAUUAAUUCUUAUAUCUAUAAAGAGAACUUGGAUCGGUUUUCUCCGUAACUUGCUGUUACAACCCUGCACUGCUACAGUAACCUUAUUUUUUAUUGUGUUCUUGCUUUGACGUAACGUUUUCUAUUUGUAAAUAAAGUAGAGGCUAAACGUGUUACCAAACGAUCAUUUCUGACGUUUAUCGACACCUUUAUAGUGAUUGGUAAAUGAUGUCCAUGUUUAUCGAUUAUACAUUGUACUAAUACAAUGUGAAAUUUGACAGUACCAAUGAUAUCUUCGUCCUAAUUUCGGAAAGAAGACUCGCCCACCACAUUCAAUUAAAUAUUCACUUUGCAAACAAAACAAACACCUUUUAUAUAAUGAACUCAUGCUAAACAAAUGAACAAAGAAAUGGAAUAAUAAGUUUUUUAACUGCAGCAAUUUUCCUCUAGUCUACGAUAAAAUAUUUAAAAUUAUAUCACUUAUCGAUUUCAGUUACUGCAAGCAAAACAUUGUAAGUCAGUGAAAACGACUUAAUGAUGUCUAAAUUUAUCAAUUAUAUUAAGCGCUAUUAUUUGUGUCGAUGGAGAUUAUGUUAUGCCUGUACAGUUGCUUUUCUUCUGAUGCAAACAUUAAGAGUUGAUCUAAGUAUGGCCUUUGUUUGCAUGCUGAAAACACCCAAUCGUACAACUGAGGAAUUUUAUUUUACUACAGACAACAAACGGUGUUCCCGUUCAGGUGACCAUUCUGUAGACCGAAGUUUUGAAGGAGAAUUCGAGUGGGACGACUCAUUACAAGCCAACAUGUUGGCAGGGUAUUUCUAUGGGUAUAUGGCAACUAAUAUUUUGGGUGGGCUUUUAGCAGACAAAUAUGGUGGAAAAAGAGUCCUAGGAAUUUCGCUCCUAUCAGCAUCAAUUUUAACCAUUCUUCAUCCAAGUUUAUCUCGAGUUAGUGGUUAUUUUACUCUUACUCUAAGAAUAUUAACCGGUAUACUAUCAGGGCCAGUGCCCCCUGCAAUUCAUUCCUUAUUUGGACGUUGGGGCCCUCCACAGGAGAUAGGUUUAUUGGUUGGGUUCGCAUUUGCUGGUCAAAUUCUAGGUAGCAUUGUAGGUCUUUCAAUAUCUGGUCUUCUUUGUGUUUAUGGCUUUGAUAAUGGAUGGGGUUCUAUAUUUUAUGUAUUUGGUGGAUUAUCGUUGGUGUUUAGUUGUAUUUGGUUUUAUGUUGUUUAUGACAAUCCGGACACCCAUCCCAGUAUUAGUGAUGAAGAACGUUCCUACUUAAAUAGAACUAUAACAAGUGAAAAAGUAUUUAAAAUAAUACCUUGGAAACAAAUGCUUUCCUCACCUGCAGUUUGGGCGAUUAUCGUCGGUUGGUUUGCUUAUAGCUGGACAGAUUUAUCGUUCCAGGUGUUGUUACCACUUUAUACGAAAGACGCCUUAAACAUUAAAACAGCAUCGAAUGGUUUAAUGUCGUCUGCUCCUUCGAUUGGACAAAUCAUUGCUUUACCUUUGUGUGGAAGAUUUGCAGAUCUUAUACUUUCAAAGAAAUAUCUGUCGACUCGUGUCGUUCGAGUCUUAUUCCAAACCAUUUCUCUGAUUGUUUCAGCAUGUCUGUUGAUUGUCAUCGGAUUCCUCAGAUGUGACCAAACCAUUCUAAUAAGUAUUCUUUUGUUUCUCAGUGGUAUAACUCUAUCAUUUACCAGUGGCGGUGUUCUCGUCAACAAUAGAGACAUUGCUCCAAAUUAUGCUGGUGUUGUAUUUGGAAUUGCUAACACGUUUGCCGUAAUGUCUGGAAGUUUUAGUUCCUUGUCUACAAAAGCUUUAACCCCAAACGGUACACAACGAGAAUGGCAGAUCGUGUUCGCCUUAUGUGCUGCUAUAUGUGUAGUUGGUGCUAUAUUGUAUGUGAUAUUGGCAAGAGGAGAAAUCCAAGUUUGGGCAAUUUCAGAAGAAUCUGGAUCAUCUGUUAAACCAAAAGACACAGAAAUGAAUGAAAAAAUUUAACCUUUAACAAGAGUGAACAUGAAGUAAUGAUAUACAACAAAUUUAAGAAUUUUACUAACCAUUUCAAAAUAUUAUCUUCAGCAAUGAAUAAUUCAAUUAUAAACGAUGUUU